AUGCCGUCUCAGCAUCAACAUUGCCGAAAACCCAUGCCCUUGAACGAGGACAUCGUGACAUUUUAUCUCGAUGGCCGAACAACGCUUUCCGAACAUCUCCCCAGCGAAACCAUCGACGUGCCUUGUUCUCUAGUCACUCGAUCAUCACGACUCCACGCAAUCGUCGAGCAGCACAUGUCCCGCCAGCCCAAACCCUCCAUCAUCCCACUGACAAAUAUUGAUCCCGCGGGGUUCAAACUCUUCCUCGAUUACCUGACUAGCGGAUACAUUAGCUUUCCAGCUCCUUCUUCUGCUCUAGCGUCAUCCAACUUAUUCCUCCGCGACUGCAUCGACCUGGUGUAUGCGCAUAUCGUCGGUGGUCCGCUAGGUGAACCCGAUUUUCAAGACUACAUCAUCGACCAACUUUCGGAGCUCUUGUCUCCGAAACAAUGUGUGGAUCAAAAGAUUCUUGACGUAAUUUUCGUGGAUCCGACAGCAUCUAAUGUACUGAAGAGGUUUGUUGUAGAUAGGAUGUUUGCCGAGGACAGAAGGUUGGUGACCAUGUUACGAGGGCUACGAGAGAAUUGGGAUUACAAAUUUGGAGAGAGGAUAGGUUGCGAGUACCAUAUCCACGGACGAGGCGUGUGCUACAGAAAGGAUAAAUGUCUUGAAAUGCGCGAGCGACCGGCACAUCCGAAGCCCUGGAGUGCGGAUGAAGACCCAGAGUUGAAAGCCAUGGCCGAAUACUGUCUGGGAAAUACCAAGGGGGCAGUGCUUGCGUCCAAGAACAACAUGUCUACGGUAUUGAGUGGUACGUUGGUCGCCGGUACUGAGCACCUGGGGAACGACAGGGCACAUGCGCCAGAACCUUCACGCAUCUUGACGACUGGCAAUUCAACGGUCCACGGGCGUAGUCGAAAGUCGAAGCGUGCUCUUGCUUUAGAAAAUGACAAGCCAUUGCCUUUGCUACCCCCUUCCUCAGCUUCAGCUUGGUCGGCUUCGGGCUCACAGUCGCUCAUGUCCUCACUAUUGACAGGCAAGAACAGAAGAGACGACAACAGCGACGAAUCGACGCUGUUCUCAAAAUUGGAGCAGUCUCGCAGCUCUUUAGCAGUGCAAACUGAGAAUCUUGUAGCAGAGUGCCUUGGUCGACUGACGAGCUCCUUGAGCGCAACGGAGACUUGCAACUAUAACGAGGUCAAAAAGGGCCCUCUUGACGAUGAACUUACAACUGACCUUCUGCGGCCUGGUCUUCCGCGCAAGUUUCCAGAAGUUCCACAGCCCGACCACAAAGCGUUAGCACUGCUUCGAACGAGUACAUGCGAUGAUGAGGCGAUUUGCUUGGCAAGGCCAUUAAUCGACCGGAGCCCAUCACUCAGCCUCGCACCGCUUGUCAAGCGCAAAGAAGCACCUUCACGUGGCAGUGACUGGCUCGAACAACAGCAGCGAUUGUAUUUGCUGCAGGGAACACAGGGAUUUGGGCUUAGACCAAAUGAGAGGAAGAAAAAAACGUCAACAUGGCGGGACAUGAUGGGAGGUAUGAGAAGACGGGAAGAUGAGAGACCAGACUUGGAUGACAAAGGAAUGCAAUCAUAA